AUGAGCGGAGACCCCGUCCGUUCGGCGGCUGCAGCCAACGCGCAGGACAGCACGCGAGCGCGGGGCAGCGCGGUGGUCUUCGACGGCAUCUCCCAAGCGGCGGGGACGACGGCGAGCACUGCGCCGCCCUCCAGCCGCCCCGCCGCCGCCAACGCGGGGGGCGGGAACAGGGAGUGCCUGGCCCCGCGCAUCACCCCCUGCCCGCAGUUUGACCGCCUACGCGCCGCGGCCCGGGAGGACCGCCUGGCCCGCGCCUACCUGCAACUGCAGGAGGUGAAGCGCACCGCAGAGCUGUGCGAGCGACAGACGCUUCUCUCGCAGCGCGUGACGAUGCACGAGUACUACGCCACGCUGUUCCGGCCGUCGCGGGCGGGCGCCGCCGCCGCCGCCAGGACUCCCACCUUUGCCUCAUCGUCCCCCGCGGGUACCCUGCGCCCCCGCGACGUGGUGCUAAACGACUUGGAGGAGUCAUUCAUUGCGUGCUACUACCGAAUGCACCCCGCCGCGCUGCAGCGCAAGCGGGAGGCGGAGGCGGCGGAGGCGCAGCGGCGGCAGUCCGCGCAGGUUGCGGCGCAGCUCUCGUCCUUCUCCGGCGCGCUGCCACGCUCGCGGAGUCUCACGGCGCAGCGAGGCCCAAAGUCUACUGGCAAGAAGAAGUCAAAAGGGAAAGGGGAGGAAAAGCCAAAGGAGGGGGCUCCGGCGGCAAACCUUCGUCUCCUGCUGGCCGCCUUGUUGGAGGCCUCCGACGACCGCGGCCUUAUUACGUGCGACGCCCUCGCCGUGGUGCUCAAGCGGCCGCCGUUUGACGUGCACGACGCGGAGGCUGUGGAGGCGUUCUUCUACCUUGUGCGCGCCGCCUCCACGGUGACGGAGACCGGGGAGAGCGAGACGGACCGCCGGCUUGAGGCGUCCACCAGCGCCAGCACCCUCGCCCCACGCGUGCGGCGGCGGAGCACGUCGCUGCGCGUGUCGGCGGCGAUGGUGACGGGCACGCCCGGGGGGAUGGGGCUCUCCACCCCCCUCACGAGCACUGGGACGCUGCCGACGAGCCUGCGGCGCCUGGCACAGGGGUCGGGGGCGAGUCAGUCCCUUCAGCGCCGCGCCAUCCCCACUUCGCGUGCGUCGAAGGCUGCCGCUGCGUCUGUAACCGCCCUCGGCGGCGGCCCUGCCGCCGCGACGGAGCCCCCUCCCCCUUCGAUGGUCCGCGCACGCGAAGUGCUGGCGGCGAUGGAUGCCGUCAUCAAUGGCCCUGAGCUGCGCGACGUGGUGCGGUCCCUCUGCUUUGACGUGCUGGAGAGCGACGGGUUUAUCCACAAGACAACCCUGCGUACCCUGCGCCUUGUGCGCCGCGAGGCCUGCGAGGCGAAGGACGCGGCGGCGACGCCCUCCAUCGUGAAGGCGCUCGGCGACGCGCUGGAGGUGAUGCUGCAGGAGGAGGAGGAUGAGUACCUGCGCUCGCAGGCGAAAGGAAAGCGCCGCGCGAAAGCCGCCAAGGCGGCGGCACUGCCGCCGCACCAGAAAUCUGCCGUUCCGCUGCACAUGAUGCGCCGCUCGCACAUCAAUCUGAAGCAGUUCUCCCGCUUCUUCGACGAGCUUCCGAUGGUGGCCGCGGCCUUUGCGCACGUGUGGUUUCCCGCCUUUUUUUCCACGAACUGGCCCCCUGUGAAGCGGCCGAUGAGCACCGGCUUCAACGACGACGCCGCGCCGGACGAGGAUGACGAAAACAACACCAACAACGCGGGGGAGGGCACGUCGGAGGAGUCUGGCCUCCGGCGCCGAAACGCGGCCCGGCGGGUGGUGACGGAACGACUCGAAUACAUGAAGCCAGUCUCCGUUCCCGCGAGUGAGGGGACGUCGCAGCGGUAG